UGACCAACAACAAGUCGAGUCACGAACUGUUGUGUCUUUAUUUAAACUGACGUGAGGAAUGCACGUUCUUUAUUAUUAUUAUUAUGAUCCGUUCUUUACACAAAUGACUCUUAUGUCUUAUUUUAAACUGUCUGUGAAGAUUCUCAGUCAGGUCAAGGUUGAAGAGUUUCGUUAUUCUCGUUCUGAUUUACACCAUGUUGCUCAACGGUACUGAUAAAAGAUCACCAGGCUUUGCACCGAAAGACAACGUCAGUGGCUGAUAUGGAGCAACAAUAUGUGGGUGUUUCUUUUGUAUUGAGGACAGUGGUAGAGUGGUUACAUGCUGUAGGGGGCGCACACCACAAUCUCCCCCUCAUCGUGACGUUAUUACACUCAAGUCAAUUAUUACUCAGUAGGUACACAAGUCCAGUCAGAGUUCUAACACACACCAUGACUGCUCCAUGAAUCCACCAGUCUGUUCUUCACAGGUUUUCUGUGGUCUGAUCCAGUGAAGACUCCAUGGCACGUGUCCUCUCCUUGUUUCGGGUUCAGCCUCUCCUGGCCCUGGUGGACAGGAGCAAACCUGCAUACAGAAAGAUGUCAAUGGACUGGAGGGCACGCCAAGUGUUUGCAGCAGCAGUGGAGUCCGUGCAGCCUGACACUGUGGUGCGACAGAGUAUAGAACGCAGAGACGACUCUGUCGUUAUCAGCGGUCAGAAAUUCACUCUCAAACACAACCUGCACCUGGUCGGUUUUGGGAAAGCCGUACUGGGAAUGGCUGCCGAGGCAGAGAGGAUUGUGGGGGAUCACCUUGUGAAAGGAAUCAUCAGUGUGCCCCAUGGUAUUCAACAGACGUUAAGGCAGCACGGAAGAGACCACCUGUUGUUAAAAGAGAACAGUCCAAUCAAAGUGGUCGAGGGAGCCAAACACAACCUACCUGAUGCUGACGCUCAGGAGGCAGCAGAACAGAUGAAGAACCUGGCCGGUCAGCUGACCGACCAGGACCUGCUCCUGGUACUGAUUUCAGGUGGAGGCUCUGCACUCUUACCUGCACCCGUCCCACCGAUCGUGUUGCAAGAGAAACUGGAUUUGACCCGUAGACUCGCUGCUGCUGGAGCCACAAUCCAGGAGCUGAACACAGUCCGCCGCGCCCUGUCUUUCCUAAAAGGUGGAGGACUUGUACGCCACGCUCGUCCUGCGCAGGUGGUAGCUCUCGUUUUGUCUGACGUGAUCGGAGACCCUCUGGACCUGAUAGCCAGUGGUCCCACGGUCUGCGGGGACUCGAGGUCUGAGGACGUCUAUUCUGUCCUGGAACGAUACAAACUGUUAGACUCUCUACCAUCAUCAGUGAAGGAAGUUCUUGCAAAACCAAAUCCUUGGAGCGACGAUACGUCAGAAAACGUUUUCAACUUUGUGGUUGGCUCCAACAGCAUCGCCCUCAAACGUGCAGGCCUCCGUGCCAGAGAGCUGGGCUUCCGACCUGUUGUUCUGUCUCCAGGAGUUUGUGGAGAUGUCAGGUCAGUUGCCAGACUCUACGGCCUCCUGGCUCGAUUGGCCUGUGCUCAGGACGACCCCCCCCCUGAAGUAUCUGCUGAGGUGCUAAAGCUCGGGCCUGAAGUUGGUGUGCAGAGCUGGGACCUGCACAGAAUCCUGAAGAUCUUGGAAGAAGGGCGUACAGAGGGAUGGGGCGCCACCUGUCUGUUAGCAGGAGGCGAGCCCACUGUGGAGCUGACAGGAAAAGGUCGGGGGGGGCGAAACCAGGAGCUGGCUAUGAGAGUUGGACUGGAGCUGAGAGGCUUACCGCUGCCCCCUGAUGGUCCAGUGUUCCUGAGCGGAGGCACCGAUGGUCAGGACGGACCCACGGAGGCAGCGGGGGCUACGACUGAUGGGGGGCUGUAUGAAGAGGCACAAACACAGGGACUGGACAUCAGCAGCUUUCUACACAACAACGAUUCUUACACAUUUUUUUCACAACUCUCUGAAGGGCAGCGCCUACUUGUCCCCGGUCUAACGUGCACUAAUGUGAUGGAUGUACACAUGCUACUGAUUCCUCCAAUUCCUGUAACAGAAAGAUAAAAGUACACGAUGAUGAUGAUGAUGAUGAUGUGGUUCAGUAACACAGUUCACAGUUCACAGAAUCCAAAACAGCAAACAGCUCCAGGGAGUACGGUUGACAAUUCUCAGUAAUGUUGUAAUUUAAUAAGUGUUGUGAAACCAGUCUAGUAUGAAAGUAAAGAGAGACAGGUUUAGUUUAGUUCUCUUGUGUUGACCUUGAUUUUCCUCAUGCUUUGACUUAACAUCACUGACUGAAUUCUUAAGCAAAUUACAACAGUGUUAUGUGUAAAAAAAAAAAAGUAAAUUUCAUUUUCCUCAAGAAUGUCUUUUUCUGCUCUUGACAGAUUCAUCACAUCUGAAACGUAUUUUUUGACCAGUAGGGUUGAUUUUAUUUUUUUUUCAGUUUAUAUAAUCACAAUCUAAAAUGUAUUAAAAGAAAAGUCCAUAAAAUAUGAAAUGGUAAA